CUUUGUAUCCGUGCUGCACCCUGCACAUUUGACCUUUUAAACCAAACAACCCAUAGCCUUUACAAAGAAGCUCGCCAGCUCCGUGGGUCUUUCGAGAUUAUCGAUAAGCAGGGGGCAGUUUUGUCUGUUUGUUGCUACUUUGAUCAUCAACAUGCAUCUUCUAUGACUCGUUGGCCGCCGAUUUCCCUCUUGUGCCGUCGUUUGUCGCGACAGUCCUGGCAUUGGAGUUAACGCUGCAUAUACGGCCACCCGUAGCUUCACGAGCUCUGUCAAAGAACCAGCGGACCACUACGGCAGGUAUAUAGGCGCUUCGCGACGACCUGCAUCUGCACCUGCCGCGAGCAGAGGAUCUGUUGACCUAUCGAUUUUCAACUUUAUCCUCACUUCCCCCACGUUCAGGGCAUUCGAUCGAGACAGUUGCAGCACCGGUUACGCAGAUCCUCUAGACGAACACGACGCCGAAAUGGUUAAGAAGCGCAACGCCCCCAGUGGUGGGUUCGGGGCAGGUUCAUCGUCCAAGAUGAGGAAAGCGGCAAAAGGUACAAAGUUCUACGCUGUCAAAACGGGAAGGGAACCUGGCAUCUAUCUGAAUUAUGAAGCUUGCCAGGCACAAACGACCGGGUUCCCAGGUGCGCAAUUCAAGUCAUUCCUAACAAGAGAGGAUGCCCAGGCCUAUAUCGCGGGCAAUGAGACCCCAUCGGCGGCUGACGGCCCUCCGAGGUUCUAUGCCGUGGCCGUAGGCCAUGUUCCAGGUAUCUAUGCUACCUGGGAUGAGACCCAGCCACAAGUCACAGACGUCACUGGACCCAAGCACAAGAGGUUCAAGACGCAAGAAGAGGCGGAGAACUUCAUUAGAGAUAACGCCAGCCCCGAGACUUGCCGACGUCUGGGUAUAUCACUUGAGAAACCGCAAGAGUACACUGGGGCUGCUUUUGAACCUGUAGAAGCAUCUACCAAAAAGCUCAAGGCUGAGCCUACCCCAGCCCCAAAAGCAGCACCUCGCGCCGAGCCUAGUCGUGAAGAAAGUGGAAAUUUACUCAAGAUUUGGACCGACGGCAGCAGUCUUGCCAACGGCCAGGCUGGCUCUCGUGCUGGUCUUGGAGUUUAUUUUGGUCCCAAUGACAAGCGUAAUCUUGCGGAGCGUCUUCCUGGUGAGCCUCAGACUAACCAGCGUGCUGAACUGAUGGCGAUACUUCGGGCACUUGAGAUUGCGCCUUCAACACAGGACGUUCAGAUUGUGUCUGACAGUCAGUACUCCAUCAAGUGUGUGACACAAUGGGGCCUCGGUUGGGAGAAGAAUGGAUGGAAGAAUGCGGCAGGGGGCGAAGUCAAGAACCAGGACCUUGUACGCGGCGUGUUAGCGAGGAUAAAAGAACGGGAUGCAGCCAGGUCAAAAACCUCUUUCCAAUGGGUGAAAGGACACGCCAGUGAUUACGGCAACCACCGAGCAGAUGACCUGGCGAAUGAAGGGGCCAGAAAGUCUCCAGUUGCUUGACCGGGAUCUUCCCAAGAAAUUCAGUCUGCUACGAGAAUGUAGCUCGUCUAUCUGGGAGAGGACUUUGCUCCAAUGUUUCUGGAGCUAUUUGCCGGGUCUAUUUUGCCCGAGGUUGUCAAAACGCCUGAGCUUGAAGGCAGAGGUCUAUUAACCCUUGUGGCCUGGGGGGGACAUUUGGAGUCUGCUCGGCUCUCUUUAUUACUAUGGUGUCCUUUUGGUUUGUUUCCUUUUGUAAUGAUACCUGCCUGAUAUAGCUCAUAUCGGGCCACGAAUGAUUCAAACUUAAUCAUAUUCAUACCCCUGCUCACGAUAGAGGGUCCUUGAACUCUUGUCUUGGUGAUGAGAUUCACGAUGA